AACCUAGACAGGGCGGAAGUAGAGUUGGUGUGACCAGCUUACGCAGAGGUACCAACACAACAGUGAAAAUAUUAUUGAUUUGGCGCGAAAAAGAUAGAGCUAUAUAGAGGUUGAGCAAUGUCCAACAACAAUUUUCACGAUUUUCAGGAGAGAAGAUAAAAGGGAGAAAACAGAAAUUUUACAUGUUUCAAGUUCAUUCAAAGUACCUAUACUGGUUGUAAGAACGUAGUAUCUAGCAAAAUCUAGAUUUUCUAUUUGCUGAAAUGAGUCAAGGUGGUCUGUCCGGGGUACAAGCGGAGAAUCAUGUAGAGGUCGGCGAUUAUAAUUACUCGUGGCCGGGCGAAAACGGAACCUUUCAAGACAUGGGAUCGGUGAACUACUCCAUGCCAUUGGGUCCCUGGUUUUGGCCUUGGUGCCCUAUGUGGAGAAUUUCACAGCAUCCUUUAUUUCAGUUAUCAAACAUGUUAUUCGUAGCUUCAUACUGUGCUCCAAGUACUAAGAAAGGACAACUCUGGAUGCAUACUAUCCUUAUUUUUGCCUUCAUGCUGUACUCGAUCUGGUCGUGGCACGUGAUCUGCGCGCCGGACGCGUUCUCGUGGAACUUCGCGUUUGUGUUCCUGAACCUGGGCCAGGUGGUGUACCUGGUGUACGAGAUGAGGCCCGUCAAGUUCGACCCGGAGCUCGAGGAGGUGUAUCAUACGCUGUUUGAGCCGUUUAAGGUGUCAAGGUUGCAAUUCAAAAGGAUGGUGUCGCCCGACUUUGCUCAUGUGAUGUCCUUACACGCAGGCGAGGCCUACGCUAUGCAGAAUUUGACCAAGACUGAUCGCCUUGGAUUACUUCUGUCGGGAAAGGUGAAUGUGCUGAGCGGGCACCAGUUCCUGCAUCCGAUUCUUCCGUGCGAGUUCCUGGACUCACCGGAGUUUGAGUCCAGCCGAGCCACUAUUGAUGAGAAAUUCAAGGUAUCAAUAGUAGCAGCCUCAUCAUGCCGUUACGUGUACUGGCAGCGAGCCUCACUCGAGUACCUCUUCGUCAAAGAACAGUACCUGGCUUGUGUCGUCACCACGCUCAUAGCAAGGGAUAUAACUACUAAGCUGUAUGCGAUGAAUAACAAGAUCGUCACGGAGAGGGGAUCGCAUUUGGAUAUCAGGUUGCCCAGCAUAUCCCACGCGCUGGCCAAGAGUCCCCGCAAGCUGCGGUCGACCGUGCCGCGCGCGCCGCCGCCCACCACCGUGCAGCCCGUGCCUCCUGAAAGGAGACCCACCUGGGUCCGCGGGCUCGACCCGCCCCAGCCCGCUGUAAAGCGCAACGGAGCCCCCGCGCACUACAGCGCCGGCGAAGAGGAACUCAUGCCUCUAGCUGAGCACGAGGCGCCGGCCGCGUCGUCCGACGACUUGUCUGUUGCUGACAGUUGUCCGGAUACGUCAAGCAAGUACCACAGUUGUGAGGCUGUGGAGACUGACGAUGAAUUGAGGCAUUAGUAACGAUGAUGUGUCUGUGGAGAUUGAAGAUGAACCAAUGAAAUAUUACCAGAUUGUUUUUCAGAUAUGUUUCGGUAUUUGCUAUUAUUCUA